CUGAAGCUGAGCUUAUACCUAAUGAAGAGUUAGAACAACAUGGUGACGAUGACCAAGAAACAACCAGAGACAAGGAAAAUUGUGGUUUUGAAGCCAACAGAUUUUCCGAUGUGUCAUUAAAGAACUGCACGCCUGCAACUGAUUCCGGGUUGCAGACGCAAAUAGAAAUGUUACAAGCAGAAAACUUGGCUCUACAAAAAGAAAACCGCAAGCUGAAAAGUGAAAUCACUGCCCUUAAACGCGAAUACUUCUGGAAGGAAAAGAAGCAUGCCUACAAUGUCGAUUUGCAGCAAAAUCGUGCGCUAAAAGCCGCAUUUGCUUGCAAAAACAUGGAGGACAAGUUAGCUGAAAUAUUUACAAGGGGUCAAAUUGAGAAGUUAAAAAAUGGUAGUCAUAAGAAAGUUGCAAAUUGGAGCGAGAAGGACUGGAAACAGCCAGUAUUUUAUAACUAUGACUGCAGAAUGGCACCUGAUAUAUUAAACACUAUGCUGCAAUCUACAAAAAAAUGCGGUUACAAUGUUGUCGCCACUGUCUGUGACUUCGGAGGCACUAAUAGAUCCCUUUUAAGUGACCUAGGUGUCAAUGAAAAUUAGCCAUGCUAGGCACACUCAUACCUUGUUUUACUUAUAAAUAUUAACAUAUGUUAUUUUUGCAGGUUUAUG